AAACAAAACAUUGUUACUGGCCGGCCGCCGGUGUCUCGCGUGGGGUCCUGCUCACGUAUACUGCUGGUCCCGUUCUCCUUGACCCGGCAGGUGCCAGAGACGAAGACGUCCGUUAUGACAUCCUUCCCCAUAUUUUCCGCUGCAUUCGUCACGUCCGUGGCCUGAAGAGGCUGUAGGGAUCCCACCCCUCUGCAUUAUUUCCCGGUAUCGGGCAGCCUGGCGUAUUCGAUCCCUCGAUUGUCGUCGCCCCUCAACCAACAACAACCAUACAUUCGACGCUUUGGAGACGGACUCGUGCAGUCAUCGGGAGGAGAUAACAUACAUACUGCACGUAUACCUACUGCAUAUACAUACUGCACGUAUACAAAAGACAAGCGUAUAUUUCCUCCUCUAGUGCUUUCGACAACCAAGCCAACUCCGUAUUCAUCUAAUUCUCAUCGUUGCGUCUUGUGUACGAUGUGACCUGCAUCCAGUGCUUGGAGGAGGAAAUGUAUCACUAGCAUAAAGUAACAAGUUAGGGAGGUACUGUAGUUGCUAAACAUUUGCAAUCUUUCAAAGUUCGUCCGACAACCUGUAAGAUUUGUCAGGCAUCCUUAUUCGACCACUUGCGCGGAACAACGUUUUGUACAUUUAAUUCAAAUCAGUUCAAUUUAUCACGUACUAAUAGAUUAUAAUUUUUUUCUAGUUUGAUCUUUGGACAGUGUAGAUCUAGCACUGGCUUUACCACAAGGUGUUCGAUAUUUGCUGUUGGGCAUAAAUUUUUAGCUGCUAGGCUUUUGCAUGCAGUACAGUAUUGACACACAGUAUUGUCUUAGCAGCAAGGCUCACGUUUUUGGCUGAUUAACAUUGAUUUCCUUUGACAGUUGUAGUUAUACUCCAUUAACAGUUCUAUUCAGAAAAUUGGGUGACAAGGCUCGAUAUAAACUUCAUCUGUCAUAGUCCUUAAGUCCCAACAACAGCAACUCCCAAAAUGAUGGGCCACAGCUAAACAGCACAGAUGAUUGAAAGUACUCUCGACUGCCCACCAAUACAAAAUAUAAAUGUACAAAAGCAACAGAUGUGAUCAACUGAUGCCAUUACAAUAUCUGGCUAAGGCCUUCAAAGUGCUCACAUCUACCUAACUUGUCAAGUGACGCAUCGCCCUAAAACACCACACGUGCAUCAGGAGAAAAACCCUCACUCAAAUUACACAUCACCAAAAAGAUGAUGAUGUAUUCCACGUCUCGAUUAUAUCAUAUAACCAGGAGAUUAUCCAAUAUAAUUGCAUGCAAGGAUUCAUCAAGAUGGUUCACCAGUGUAAAUGAUAUAAAAUCAAGUUGCCAUAUCAGGAAGUCUGCAAUAACAAGACAGAGUGCAUGUGCAGCAUUUUACAGUAGCCAUCCUGUGUGUAGUUUAGCUGUAUGUUCCUCACAAGAGAUAUUACAGCAACAAAGUGCUUUACCAAGAACUACUGUGAAUUAUUAUCAACAUCGAUAUUAUAGAUCAGGAAGAGAUGGCCAGAGUGUUGAGAGACAAGGUGACAAGCAACAGCCCCAGAAACGUUCACCAGAGCUCAUGGAUUUUCCUUGGAUCAUAUGGCCCAGUCUUUGGCACAUAUUUAGAAACUUUAUAUUUGCUAACCUUAUUAUCCAUCGCUACCUAGAUCAAGAAUUUUCUUUAUCUUCAUUUAAAGCUGGAGCUAUUCAGGCUCUAGUGUAUGUGUCUCAGGAGUUGUCGAAAGGCAACUUUGAGGCUCUUAAUGAGCUUAUAACAAAGCCAACUAUUGAAGAAAUGAAGAAAAACUUUGCUCGUUUCUCUAUGAAGCAAAGAUUGGACCUUGCUAUUGUGGCUGAAGACAUAUUUUUUUCGUUCCCUUACCAAAUUGGAAUUAUUUUCACUAAUGAAGGAACUUCACAUGAGCGUAUUUUUGUGGAGAUUACGAUGUGCUAUCAUGUAUUCAGGGAUUUCCAGGACCACAUAAAUAGUUCCGCUUCCUUGGAAUCUCCUGGUAAUUUACGAGGUGUCUAUGAUAACUAUGAUCGCAUCUCUAUUGCCAAUUACAGAUUUAUCCGUGAGUUUACCCGGGGAGUUGAAGACCAGUGGACCAUCUCUCUUGCUAAUCACUUCAAACCUGGAGAGGUUAUACAGCAGCGGUGAGGCGGUUUGCCUUGCAUGCUGCUUCACUGUGCAGUUAAACCAGCAGUUUAACAUAGGUUAUGUUGUAUAAUUUAAAAAAAAAUUUAAACAGGGACAUGUAGUUAGAAAAUAUAUGUAGGCAUAACUUUUAUCAGUGCUUAUUAACUGUGAAAUAUGAGCUAAUAUUUUAAUAAGUUAUACUGUACUAUUCACUGUGAAUUCACUAGACCAAAAUUGGUUCCAAUAAAUUACCACUUGAAGAAAUUCUGGUUGUAUAAAAGUACCCAUUGUAUCACACAGCUCUUCGGCACACAUUACUGUUUGCCUUGGUUGUUGAUGCUUCCAAGCCCCUCGCCUAUCAUUAAAUAUUAAUAAAAAUUUUAAAACAAA